GGGGUGGGGCUUGUAUUAAAGUACACAGUGAUUUGUUAUGAUUGCAGCAAGCUAGCUAGCUGUAGCUACAUACUAGUACAGUACUGUGUUUGCUAGCGAGUCUUCCAAUGUCUAGAAUCAGCCCAGGCAAGGCGUCACCUCCAGAGGACGCGUCUCUGCGGGAGAGCCUACUCUACGACCUGGAGGGGCUACAGAAGGACGAGUCUACAUGUGACGUUGAGUUUGUUAUAGGCCAUGAACGUGUGAAAGCGCAUCGACUGAUUGUAGUGACACGGUGUGAGCGCUACAAGGUCAAGAGAGGCAGUUGGUUACUGGGGGAGAAUGACAGAGGUGUGAUCAGCAUUCAACUGAACAAGCAUCACAAUGUGGCAGCUGUCAGAGCUGUCAUUAAAUAUCUAUACACUGGCAAGAUCUCCCUACACAGUCUCAACCCCUUCCGUAUCCUCCUCCUAUGUCCCGAGCUUGGUCUCCCUGCACUGCAAACCCACACCAUUCAUCACAUCAAGAGCAACCUCAACGCUGACACGGUCUGUCAGGUCCUACUAGCUGCUAACAGUGUCCUUAAAGACUGCAAAGGGGAAAUGGUGAACCCAGCACUGCAAGAGAUAGUACAGGGUUGCCUUGACUACAUCAGCGUUCACACGGCUCUGGUGUUCGCUAGAGAAGGUUUCUUGGGUCUGCAUAAAAGCAUGCUGGCUACGAUCAUCUCCAAUAAUAAACUGUCUGUAACCCAGGACGAUGUGUGGAGGGCUGUACUGAGAUGGGGACAACAUGCCACAGGUGUGGACGGUGGCCCGGGAGUGUGGCGGGAGGGGGAGAGGAUCAAGAUGGAGGAGACUCUCGAUGGCCUUGUAGAGCAUGUGCGUGUUAUGGAUAUCAGUGAUGACGUCUUCACUAACGAGGUUGAGCCUACUGGGCUGGUGUCAGUGGAGGCAGCUCUGGCCAAAUAUCGUCAGGGGAGCAGUGAGAAUGGAGUAGCCGAGCCUUUUGCUGAGUCAGCAAUCCUGUCAGGACGUGGGGACGUGCAAGCACUCAUUGCAGAAUGGUGUGAGUGUGGAGAGAGUGAGUGGAGGCUACUGUACAGAGGCUCCAGAGAUGGACUCACUGCCAGGGACUUCCAUAGUCACUGUGAUGAGCAAGGGCCCACUGUUACUCUCAUUAGGAGCACGAGUGGGUGUGUGUUUGGUGGCUACACUGACGCUAGUUGGAACAGUCGUUUCAAACGAGGGAAAUUUGCAGCCUCUCAGAACAGCUGCCUCUUCACUGUCGUCAAUCCCUCCCAGACUCCGCCUACUCGUUACGUCAUCAAACAGCCCUCCUACGCUAUCAACAACCAUCCAAGCAACGGGCCUAUAUUUGGAUCUGGAGCUGACUUGUGCAUCAGUAACGAGAGUAACAGAAAUAAAGAGUCUUAUUCUCAACUAGGACACUCUUAUGGUGACGCCAUACACCCGCACCUCCUCACAGGGGAGCAGUAUUUCACUGUGGGAGACAUUGAAGUCUUCUGUCCUACCUAACUAAACUAUGAACUUUAACCUUUGAACUCAAUAGCUAAAUUCAUCACGUACUGUCUCUACAUGUUUCCCACCACCAUUCUGUGACCACACCCACUCACUACCAGCCAAUCAGUAAUUUUUUAAAACACAAUCUCAUAUUAUAUUUCUGGUCGCUUGCUUAUAAAACAUAUCAGUGGUUUAGUAUGUGUUUUUUUAUAACUUUGA